UCCGAAACAUAUUUCAAAUUUACAAGCGUAGACUGUUUCUAUUUCGGUUUUCCAUUUUCUUGAGUGCAGCAGGAAGGACGACAAAAAACACAUCAAAUGGCAGAGCUCGGCGGCAACAAUAAAAUCGCGGUGACAAUUCAAUUAAAAUAUUUCUGCAUAAAUUUUCAGCGCUUGCAAAAAUCCGCUUGAGUAGCCGCAAAAGCAUGAAAAGCCUGUGGGUGGCCAAAACGCCUGGGGGAGGGGGGUGGUGAAAAACCCCCCACCCACUGACAGCCAUCCCCCACUGAUUGAUGCGGUGCAAAGUUCACACAAAAUGGGCAUAAAGUGAAUCAGGCGGGGAAAACCCCGGGGGCGGGCGGAAGUGAGUGGCCAGCAAUUAACGCUCAAUUGGCAGCCAACCGCACCUGCAAAGGGCCAUCCUCGUGUGUUUUCCAACGGAAAUUGAAAGAAGAUUGCCUGAAAGUGACGAAAACGCUGGCAUUCAAGGUGAAAUUGUAAAAUUAUAGGUGCCCUCCUCUGCGCUUCUCAAAAGUCCUACUGAUAUGUGAUAUGUGGCAGCAAUCAAUGAUAUCAAUAUCAAUUUCGACCUACUGGAGGAAGUGCCUGAGCUAGCUAUUUUCCAGGAGCUACAACCAGCUGUCAGCUCUGACGUGGAAAGAGAAAGAGCUUGAGGAAAGGGAACCCUCUGAAGUGCAUGGCAUUCGGGAAAAUCUAAGGACUGGCUGGGAAAUUACAAAAAAAAAACAAAUAAAUAAAUGACGCAUGAUUAACAAACGCCGUGCUGUUCGUCGUCGGGAUUUUUGCGCUUCGACGGCCGGCAGUGAGUUAAUCGCCAAUCGCUCGGCGACAACUGGCGAAUCGCCGUUAAUGUUGGCGAAUUUCACCGCUGCCACGCCCCCCGCCCCACGAUUCAGCAGCCCCUUUCGGGAGCAGGAUGUGGCCGAGGGGGAGGAGGAGGAGGCGGAGGCGGCGGCUGCUGGUGGAGGGCAGGCCACUUGGCUGGAGGAGCAGCAUCCGCUGACCAUUUCGCGACCACCGCGAGCGGGACGCAGCGAGCGGCAGGCUGAGGAGGAGCAGGUGGACCGCUGUCGCCUCUUCGUCGAGGGCGAUCCCACCAAGAACGAGCUGUACAGCCCCGAGUACCCCAAUCUGUAUCCGAAGAACAUCAACUGCACCCGGGUGAUAACAGCGCCAAAGGGACAAAUCAUACGCCUGGACUUUCGCAACUCGUUUAAUAUCGAGGCCAAGGAGGGGUGCAAAUUUGAUUUUCUCGAAAUUCGGGAUGGCCAGUACGGCUUCUCCUCGCUGAUUGGCAAGUUUUGCGGCACCGACUUUCCGCCGGAGAUCACCUCCAAGGAGCGGUACUUGUGGCUGCACUUCCACUCCGACGAGACCAUCGAGUACACCGGCUUCAGUGCGGUGUAUGAGUACCUGGACAGGAGUCGGGAUGCGCCCAGCACCGAUCUCAAUUGCACCAUCGACAAGGGCGGCUUCGAGGGCUUCAUCAACUCCACGGAUGUGCCGGCCGAGAUCUGGGAGCAGGUCAACCACAACAAGAUCGCGCUGGACUGCAUCUGGCGCAUUCAGGUCAAGGAGAAUUGGAAGAUAUUCCUCAAGUUCCUGGACUUCAAGCUGAGCAAGCCGAACGAUUGUCAGACCAACUUCCUGGACAUAUUCCCGGAGCAGACGGUGAUGCCACUGAGGGUGAAGAACUUUUGCGGUUCAGCCGGCGAGAGCAUUACGGCGGAGUCAAACAUCCUGCACUUGCGCUUCUACGCAGAUCAGACCGCGAUUAACUCGACAUUCGGCAUUCUGUUCACGGCGUUCCGGGAACGUGGAGCUGCCUGCACCGAGGACGAGUACGAUUGCGAGGACGCGACCUGCAUAUCAAAGGAUUUGAAAUGUAAUAACCUAGACAAUUGCAAAUUUCGAUGGGACGAGGAGGGCUGCACGAGCGAGGCGGCCGGCCAAUCGGAGCAUGUGGUCAUCAUUGUGAUUGUGUUUGGCCUGAUACUCGGCGGAAUGGUCAUUACGUUCAUCGUCAAUUGCAUACGCAAGAUAAUACGUGAUCAGAAGAUAAUACGCGAGCACGUCCGCGAGUCGAAGGAGAGCAAGCUGGACGAGAUGGGCCGCAACUCCAAGGGUCGUUCGCGGGAGAACAUAUCCAGGCAAAAGCACUCGCAGACCUCGCUGCAGAUCCUGGACGAUGUGUCCAGCCGAUACUACCGCGAGGCGGUGCCACUGUCGACGCAGUCCAGCAAGGCGGACUUCAAGGAGAAGGAGCACAGCAUCCUGCGCCGCCACGCGGACAUGACCCAGACCAGUCUGUGCGGCGUUGGCGAGGAUGAUGGCGAAUCCUCAACGACGACCACCGCCACACACGAGAUGAUGACGAAGGCGGCCAUGUCGGCGGUGCCCUCCAAUGCCUGCGACAUGGGCUGUCAGACGCGGGAAUCGCUGUUUGUCAACAGUCCCGGAAUUGGACCGUCGGCGGGUGCGGGUGUUGGUGUUGCCGUUGGCAUUGGUAUUGCCGUCGCUCCCGGCGGCGGUGUUGCCACGCUAAUGAGACAAAAGUCCAGCUCCUCGUCGCUGGGCGGCAGUGGCGGCGGGGGGGGCGCUGGGGGCGGGGCCAUGAUGAUGCCGCCCCCGCCGCCGCGCUUCUUCUCCACCUUUGGCUAUGAGCCAUCGGGAUCGCCGGCGGUGGCAACGCUGACAAGGCGCAGCAUGCACCAGCAACAGCAGCAGCAACAUCCGCAGCAGCAGCAACAACAUCCGCAGAUGCUGCGCCAGGAGUCCAUGGAGAUGGAGGAGCGACACAGCGGCCGCUCGCACUACGGCGGCCUGCUGGUGACCUCGACGGCCAAGCAGCCGCAGGAGAUCUGUCACCAUCAUCACCAGCAUCAGCAGCAGCAGCAGCAGCAACAGCAGCAUCAUCAGCAGCAGCAGCAACAUGCACAGCAGCAACAGCAACAGCAGCAACAUGCACAGCAACAGCAGCAGCAGCGCAUGCACCAUGCACAUCCGCAUCCGCCGAGUAUUGCUGCACGUUUGCCCGCGAUGAAGGGGCAUGCAACAGCCAUGGGACAGACAACGAUCCUGCCCGGCGGCAACAAGCAGCAGCAUCAGCAUCAGCAGAAGAACGAGGAGUCCAAAGUGUUUAUCGACAUACGGAAUUCAGCGCCAGACGUGAUUAUCAUGACGUCCCAUUGACAUUUAAGGAUGGCCCGCCAAUCAGCAACAACAACAACAACAAUGGUAGAGAGCAGCAGCAGGAGGAGGAGCAGCAGGAGGAGGAGGAGCAGCAGCAACAACGGCGAAAAAAGGAUGCGUUGCAGCAAGUGGACAUCGGCCGACAUAUUAACCGCAGCCGCAGCGUCGCUGAUGACACAACAAGGACACAGCAGCGGAGGCGCCUUGCAAUCAGACAAGGGGGCGGUGGUGCUGCUGGUGGUUUUUCCCUACGCCCACCCACAGACACACACACACACUCACACACACACCCACACUCAGACACACCCAGCAGCGCCCACACAUCCGGUACGCAUACCACUGCACUCGUUGCGUUCUUAAAGCAAGGUGAACGCGUUCUUUUUUAAACUGCUGCAGUUGCAAGUUUUUCGCAACUUAUCAGUAACUUUGAAACUUUAUCAGUAACUAUUGUUUUUCAAAAAGUUUUCCAACUGACUAUAUGGUAUUUGGGAGCUGGCUUAUGAGCGCAGGAUGUACAUAUAUGCAGUUGCGUUUAAUUUAAUUAUGCUAUUUCAUAUUUUCAUACUCAACGGGUUACCUUUUGAAUUGUACAUAUUUAUUUCUAUUGUUGCCUUUUGUUAAAUAUUCAAACAUAUACCACAACGCAGCAACUGUGUAUAUAAAUGCAGGAAGCUUUUGAAGGAAGGAAGAUUUGCAGAAAGAUGGAGUUUAUUCGAAAUUUCCACACCAAAUGCAGCAUGCAGUAUAUAAAAAAAUGGUGUAACAGGCAAUUGAAGGGCCUUUAAGACGACUUAAGCCCACUAAUAGCGAAUAGCAAAUAGCAAAUAGCUAAUAGCUGGACAGCAACUGGGGCUGACUGGGCAAGACAAAUGGAAGAUGUGUCCGCUGGCCAGCCCCUUUGCAAUAGCCAUGUGGGUAAUAUGAGCAGCUAAAGGGGGGGAAAACUCGGAAAACUCAGCGAAAGAGAGAGGGAGAGGGGGAGGGAGAGAGAGAGCUGUUCCAGUUGUCGUAGCCGACGGACCGCAAUUGCUGGCGACAUUUGCCGGACAUUCUACGGCUGCGACAGCGGCAUUUUCAGCUGGAAAACAAUGCGAACGCAGGACACAGACACAGACACAGAUACGGAUGCGGAUGCGGAUGGGGAUACGGAUGCGGAUCCGGAUGCGAAUGCAGAUACAAAUACAUGGUAGUGGGAGUGAAAGUGGGCCGGACAGACACUAAGCAGACCGCUGACAACGUGGCGUAUGAGCAACAUGUUCCAGAACAUUGUUAUCGGACUCCAUGCUAGCAUUCUAGCAAACAUACACCUUUCCACAUUUUCACUUUUCCCGCAACCCGUUUGCAACCCGUUUGCAACCCUUUUGCAACCCGUUUUCAGCUUGCACAAAUACUCGACAGGAACUUCUUCAUUUACAUGCAUUGCGGACGUGGUCCAUUUCACGACGAUGUCGCGACCAGAGUCCAUCCAUCACGGGCACGUGCUCGUGGCUCCAUUUCGCUCUUGGAUCCUCCCACACUUGGGGUUGGGCAUUUGGGGUUCCUACUGGUUCUGGUUAUGGUACUGCUUCUGGCCCCUGCAACUGCCAACAAAUAGUUUUUUUAAUUGAAAUCAGAGCGGUCCACUGCGCUAGUUACAUAAAACUCAUUUCUCCCCUCUAUUCAUAAACCACAGCAGGUCCCCAUCCAUUUGAACUCGUUAAUUUAUAAUGACCAACGAAUUUAACCAGCUGGUUUUUUAGAGUCAGCUUGUGUCCUUGGCAACUCAGCCAUAUAUAGGGAUAUUCUUUAGUUUAAAUAUUGAAAACAGCCCAAAUUUAUAAUACAACGUGUAACAGCGAUCUUAAAGUUCAUCUAAAACUAUGUAAAACAUACGUUUAAAGCUGAAAGGCCAAAUAUUUUUCCAACCCAUGUUGACAUUCGUGCGGCACUCAAUGGGUUAACGAAGGACCUGGGUAAUCUUUUUAGUUCAUCUGCCAUCCAAGUCCCUUUCAAUUAGAUAAAUUAGCUGUGGCCACAGAUAUCUCCGCACCUGGAAAGCGGAAAAUGGAAAAUGGAAUCCGUCGGUCCGCAAUUAGCGUGGAAACCGUAAUGCGGUUAGUUUUUGGGGUUUUUGGUUUUCGGUUUCUGGUUUUUGGGUAUUCGGCUUGCAAGUUUCCAGUUGGCCAGGAGGAUCAUCCCCGCCGACCAUUUGAGUGGUGGCUCCGAUGGUGUAAAUAUUGUCGCAGCUGGCCAAAAAAGUGCUGGCUUCUGGCUGCUGGCUGAAUGGCUUCUGAAAAAAUAAAGAUGGCAAUGACAAUGAGGUGGCGGGGGUGUGGCAAAUCCAUUUGAUUGAUUGAAUUUAAAGAGCAGCGACAGCCACGCGGGAAAACGGAAAAGCGGGAAAGCGGCGGGGGAAAAUUACAAGACCGCUGUCUGAUAAUGAUAAUGACGCUGUUCAUGAUGAUGAAGAUAAUGAUGAUGGUGCAGUGCUGCACGAUUUUUAUGUGGCUCUGGGGAAAGCUCAAAUCAUUAGAGUGAUUAAAGGUCGAGCUGACUUGACAAGAGUUCCUUUGACUUGACUCUCGGACCCUCAUCAACUCCGAGCUCAGCUCUCAAAUCAGUCAUGCGAAAUUCUCGAGUUCUAAAUUCUGUCAAAAUGUAUUCAGGCAAUUUUAAUUUUUCGUUGAAAAUUUAUACUUGUAUUUUUUUUGGUUAGCUAUCUGGUAAAUUUGUUUCACACUUCUAUUAAGCACACUACGUAUUUGAAGCAUCUUGACCCUCAUCAUCUUGUGCCCAAAAUCAGCAGAGGAUAAAGCUUUCAGCAAUUUAUGCAAAAAUAUACCAAAAACCAAAAGUCAGCUAUGUUUUUUGUGAUACCAAUUCACACUGCUAACAUUUGUUUAAAUUUUCGACCAAAUCCAACACGUUUUUCAACACAACAUUUAUUUCUAAGACACGCAAAAACAAUUGCAAACGAUGUGUACAUUUAAGUUUAGGAAAUAUUCUACACCAUAUUUUGUUAGCACUUCCAAACUAAAACUAAAAACUAAAAACUAAUUCAGGACCCAAGGUUCCAGUUUAGAAAACACAUCAUCUUGCAAAAUACGUAUUUAAAGCCAAGGAUCUGUUUGUACAUAAAAGUAAGGAGAACAUUUACGUUUGUUUUUAGGCUUAAACAAUACCUACUUAUAAUUGUUAAAUGAAUUUUCUAUUAAUUUGUUGUAACCCCGAGAAGCGUAGUCAACUUUUUCUAGCUAAACUCUAAGAUGAAAUUUAGCGAUUUUACUAAAGAAAACCAAAACCAGCAUCAAGUAACUAUACUAAAGUAUAAAAAAACUAAAAGCUAAAAAAGUAAAUCGAUUACAAUGUGUACUAUAAGUCAGCUAUGCCUAGGAUUAAGUUAAAUGUAUAUUUUUUUUUUUAUAUAAAAACAUAUACAUAAAUACUGAAAGUAUCAAAAUUAACUACAGAGAAACGCAGCAUAACAAAAAAAAGAAUAUUUAAAACCUUGUCUUUUUUUUGUAUUCAAAAUGACUGCAAGCAUUGUAAUUGUAAAUUGUCGAGCGACAAAAAAUUGUAUACACAUACGAGCAUUCAAAUAAAUACCUAAAAAAAAUGCUUCAAAAUGUAUGGAUUAAAUGGAUAUGGCGAAAGAGAUAAGAGCGUAGAAUAGUGUGUGAGGAUUUGUGGAAUUGUGGAUUUGUGAGUAUCUGAAUGUGUGUAAAAUAAGCCCAA